AUGGCCACCCAAAUAGCCGACGAGAUCAUGCCCUCCGAAACCACACCAGGGUCUCCAAACUCCUCCACCGGUCAGAUCCCACUCGAACAACCACCAAAAUUAAAGGGUCGCAAGAAAUUCUUGCAGAAUCUCCAGCGCAUGUCGUCUAGCCCGACGUUGACCCGCCGCGGCCGAUCUGCAUCCACCGGUUAUCGGCGGGACCACAAGGCCUCCUUAUCGCCUCAACCCCCGCCGGCGACCCCGGGCCACGCCGGCCCAUCGGGUGAUGCCCAAAGCAUCAACAAUCGAAUCCGCCUAGUCGGCGGCACAGACUCCCCCAACGUUCCGCAACCACGCACGAUUCCCUUGCCAUUCGACGUACGACCUGCUUCGCGCGGUUCACCCCGCAGUCUGACUCCUGAUCCUGAAGGGGUGAAGGAGGAGACGGUAGAAGCGGCGCCAGAGCCGCGGCUGGUCAGAGAGCUGGACUUCUGGGGCGAACUGCCCCAGGAGCUCAAGGUUGAGAUAUUUCGCUAUCUCGAACCUCGCGAGAUCGUCUGCUGCUCUGCUGUUUCGAAGUCAUGGAAUGCCAUGUGUUUUGACGGGCAGCUGUGGUCUAAGGUUGACACAACCAACUUUUACCAGCGAAUCCCUGGCGAUAUCCUGGUAAAACUCAUCACAUCCGGUGGUCCCUUCGUACGGGAUCUCAACCUGAGAGGCUGUGCUCAGAUGCGGGAUAAGUGGUCUUCGGAGGGCGAGCGCAUCUCUGACCUAUGCCGAAAUGUGGUCAACUUUUCGCUCGAGGGCUGUCGCAUUGAUAGAACUUCGAUGCAUCAUUUCCUGACUCGUAACCCGCGCCUGAGAUACGUCAACAUCUCGGGGCUGAGCAGCGUUACAAAUCACGCAAUGAAGGUCAUCGCGCAGUCAUGUCCGGAGCUCGAGUCUUUCAACAUCUCGUUUUGCAAACACGUCAAGACAACGGCGCUUCUCCAAGUGGUCCAGGCCUGUCAACGGCUCAAGGAUCUUCGUGCGAGCGAGAUCCAAGGUUUCGAUGAUGAAGACUUCAUGCUGGCUCUGUAUGAACGAAACACGUUGGAUCGGUUGGUCAUGAGUCGUACAGAUCUAAACGAUGAAAGUCUGAAGGUCCUGAUGCAUGGUGUGAAUCCAACAAUCGACCUUCUCACUGAUCGACCAAUCGUUCCUCCACGUCGUUUUCGUCAUCUCGAUAUUCAUCACUGUCACGAGCUGACUGACAGUGGGCUCAAGAGCUUAGCACACAACGUCCCUGACUUGGAGGGCUUGCAAGUUUCGCAGUGCCCGGAACUGACCGAUGAUUCUGUGAUCGAGGUGAUUCGCACAACACCCAAGCUCUCGCAUCUUGAAUUGGAGGACCUUGAAAAUCUGACGAACUUGACCUUGACUGAGCUUGCAAAGUCAGCCCCCAAGCUUGAGCACUUGAACAUCAGCUACUGUGAAAGCCUUGGUGACACUGGCAUGUUACAAGUCAUGAAGACCUGCUCCAACCUUCGCUCUGUCGAGAUGGACAAUACUCGAGUGUCAGAUCUAACCCUGAUGGAAGCUAGUUACCGGGUUCGCAAGCGCGGCUACGGCGAAGAAAUUCCCAAAGUCGGAUUACGCCUUGUUGUGUUCGACUGUGCCAACGUCACCUGGGCUGGCGUGAGAGAAGUACUCUCCAGCAACGCCUACCUUCCCCGAGUUCGCAAACCAGUAUCAGCGGUAGUUACGGUCACUCCGACCUCGGAAGAUGACUCGUCCUCCACAACCACUGCCUUCGUUACUCCUAGCUCGACUCCUCCUCCGGUAGCCACCUACCCUAGCGAGAUCAUUCAACUCAAGUGCUUCUACGGCUGGCAGAUGACAGUUGACGAACAUACAAAGCGCGUCAAGCGUGGCGAUCUCGCUGCGGCGAGUCGGUUGGACCGCAAAUGGACCGAUUACAUGAUGGCCACAGAAGAAGCUGGUGCAGCGGGCGCGGGUGCUCGACGGAGAAGACGCCGGGCCCGUGAAGCCGAGCGAUUGUACAAUGCUGAUGACUCCGAGGAGGAGAGUUACGGCAUUGGUUUGUCUGCUCUGGGUGGUGGCCGUCGUCGCCGCGCUCAAAGCGGCAGUAGCUGCACAGUGAUGUAG